AUGAUAAACGAACCUUUCCUUGUUCUCCACACCUCUAACAAAGAUGAGCCCGCUGUUAGGAUCACCUUGAAACCGAAAUCCUUGCUCCCGAAAUCGGAUCCACCAGUUAUUAUAUUGUAUAAAAGCUCGCAAUUUAUUGCAGUUCAUCACAAGAAUCAGUGCUUCAAAGAGCGAAACAUCAUGAAACUGUUAGCUUUGAUGUUUGUGGUUUGGGGGGCGGUUGCCGACCGGUUAGAGAACGUGUAUUUGCCCCCUGUUAGUGCGAAAACCGCCAGUGGUGGAGGGCUUUUAACUCCUCCGGAUUUCAGCAGUCGCUCGUCUUACGUCCCUCCCGCGUCUGGACCCCUUUAUAACGCACCAUCUGGCAGGACUUAUUCAGGGGGUGCACCUGUUGCUAUACUUCGAUUCGACAAUGAUAACGCUGGAGAUGGAACCUACAGAUUCGAGUGA